AUGGCUCCUGAUGAUCAGCCCGAGGAGCUCGACGCGGCAAAAGUCCUCGCGGAGCUGCAGCGUCUUCCAGACAAUAAACGCUGUGCAGACUGCGGCGCGUAUCAUCCGCAGUGGGCUACAGUAACGUACGGCACGUUCAUUUGUCUUGAAUGUUCAGGUCGACAUCGCGGUCUCGGCGUGCAUGUUUCGUUUGUACGCUCUGUGAGUAUGGAUCGCUGGAAACCUCUGGAGCUGCGUCAAAUGCAAGUCGGCGGGAACGCUGCGUUCAUAGACUUCAUGCGGCGCUUCGCCGGCAUCACGCCCAGCGUCUCUGCUGACAUUCCCGCCAAGUAUGCGACUCCAGCUGCAGCAAUUUACGCGCAACGUAUUCGAGCACUAGCACGAGGCGAGCCCUGGCAAGACCCUGAACCUGGGCGCGUACCUCGUAUGCCAGCGCUCAGUGGGUGCUCCGAUAGUGGCGGGCCAGCCGCACCUGCAAGUGUAUCAAGCGGUGCUUUUCCGGGGGGGUUUCCACGACAAACACCACUCCUUGCACAAUCGGGCCGGAUCGAGAGCGUCUCCAGCCGCCCAGUGAGCCUCUCUGGUGGUCGCUCAAUGCGUUCCGUUCCCCAUGGUAGCGUCGACCAUGAUGCUUUGAGCGUGGAGCAAGCUCUAAAGACUGCCGGCUCUACGCUAAGCGAGCUGACGGAGCAGGGUACGGAACUUGCGCGCACAGCGACGAUGAAGUUGAGCGCAUGGAUCUCACGGGCAGCCAAUCUACUGGAGGGUCCGAAUACAGGUCAUCAAGAGCUGACCUCGCAUACGGAAUCCAUUCAGAUGACGAGACGCACCGAUAACGGCUCGUACACUGGUGCCGUCCGCGACGACAACGACGAUGAACAGCAAAGUCUGCUGGCGGGCAUUCGACACCUACCAAAAGGCAGUGGCCUGGAAGGCAUCGGCAAUCCGCGACGUCCAGCGCCCACUGAGGAACAACACAGCGCAUCGCGAUCGUCGAAUUCUACGGAGAACUCGAGCAUCUUUAGAGGUUUCUUAGGCAAUGAAUCGAGCCUAUCGUCAAGUUUGAGGCGAGAUCUUCGACACCUGCAGAGAAGUCAGCGAAACCUGGACGAUGGCCCCUCCACAGCAUCGGAUGCUUCGGUCCAUUACGCGUCCCAGAAGCGCUUUCAAUAG